GCAUUCAAGCAUCCCUACGUUUUCGCCAAGCAUUUCAUUCGGAUCUGCAGGAUUCAACCCACAGCAAUUAUUUUGCAACCGAAAGGGACCCAUAGUAUGAUAACUUUCAUUUGAGUUGAUUUGGUUUCUUUCAUUUUUAUUUUUGUUCAUUAGAUAUCAUCGUUUUUUCUUAAUUUUUCUACUCUCAUCCACAGUUCAUUUGCAGCCAGUUUGCACACCACCAGCUCAAAGGGGAAUACUAUAUCUCGAGCCGUUCUCUCUCUUGUCUGCUGCUAUUCGAGAGAAGCUCACGCACUUUGGAUUGGUACCUUGGCUGGUUUACCUAGAACCCGACAAACUGGGGAUUUAAUAGGCUAUUUGCGUCUGCGCUUGUGGAAGUGGACAUCGGCGGCGACACGGGUCGCCUUUCUGUUAUAAGGAAUGUACCCGGUGCUAAGGUCUGCUCACUGAGGGAGAAUAUCAACGCGCUCUCUUCUCGACUCUCUGUAUGAAAGACUGCCGUGCGCCUCUGGUUUUGUAUUCCCGAGGAGCUCUUAUAAAGGGUUUCUUGGAGAUGCUCUAUAUUUGAUCGGCGUACGCAUUUGCUUCUUCGUCACUUUUUAGCUUAUUUGAUCGGGAUAUAGAGUCUAAUUGCCUCGGUCAUUCUCUUGUGCGUUUCACGUCUCUUUUUUGGACAUAUCAUUUCGGAACGGAUUGUGACCCUCCCCGAAGACAGCAAUAAUGGGGGACUCGAUGUGGAGAUAUUAUUUUGGAGUUUUGUUUAUUGCGUGCAAGGUGAACUUGUCCCGGGCGAUAAUUCUGGAGUCCAUAUAUUGGAACACAACAAAUACCAAAUUCGUGCCAGGGCAGGGCCUGGUGUUAUAUCCUCAGAUCGGAGAUAAAUUGGACAUAGUGUGCCCGCGGGUGGAUGGAGGGGUGCGUGAUGGGGUGGAGUAUUACAAGAUCCACAUGGUUCCCAGGGAGCAGCUGGAGAGCUGCACCAUCACCAAGGCUGACACACCGCUGCUCAACUGUGACAAGCCUGACCAGGAUGUCAAGUUCACACUCAAGUUUCAGGAGUUCAGCCCCAACCUGUGGGGCCUGGAGUUCUUCAGAGGGAAAGACUACUACAUCAUCUCAACAUCAAAUGGCACAAUGGAGGGCCUGGAGAACCAGGAAGGAGGGGUGUGCAAGAUGAAGUCCAUGAAGAUAAUCAUGAAAGUGGGACAAAAUCCCUCUGACCCUAUCUCACCCAAAGACUACCCCACCAGAUACCCUCCCAAGCACCCCGACAAGGAGUCAUACAAACCAAACGAUGUGCUGGAGAAGAAAGGUCCGUCGUACAGGGAGGGUGAGGGCGACCAAGGGACGGGCGGGAAAUCCUCCAGUGUCAUUGGCUCUGAAGUGGCCCUGUUUGCCGGCAUCGCCUCGGGCAGCGUUAUCUUCAUCAUCAUCAUCAUCAUGCUGGUUGUGCUGCUGCUCAAGUAUCGGCGGCGGCACCGCAAGCACUCGCCACAGCACGCCACCACGCUGUCCCUCAGCACACUGGCCACGCCCAAACGGGGCGGCAGCGGCAACAACAACGGCUCGGAGCCCAGUGACAUCAUCAUCCCGCUCAGGACUGCAGACAGCGUCUUCUGCCCACACUACGAGAAAGUCAGCGGGGACUACGGUCACCCGGUGUACAUUGUUCAGGAGAUGCCCCCCCAGAGCCCUGCCAACAUCUACUACAAGGUCUGAGCUCAGCUCCACCCCCCCUCCCCCCAGGCACCGCUCCUCCGUGAACGCCCCCCAGAACACUCUAUCUCUCCUUCCUUCCCCACAUCUCUGUUGUUUUUCUUGUUGAACUUUACUAUUCCUGUUAUUAUUCUUCGUUGUUGGGAUUCGUUGGAGAACUCACAGAGUAAAGCUGCUGCUGCUCUCUGGGGCUUUUUGGGGAUCCCUCCUCUCCGCUCCUCUCCUCUAACAGUAGCUUAGUUUCUUUGCGCACUACGACUGACGCUGGGGGAUCCGAGCGCGUGUGUUUGUGUGUGGACGGACGGAUGUACGGAGAGACAGAAAGACGCACCGACGCGUUUGUUUUGAAAUAGGAUGGACAGAUGGAGAGAAAAAGAGGAGAUGGAGGAGGAGUCGAUAUCCUACCCUGGUAUUCUCCCUGAGAGAGACUAUUGCUGGGGAAGAGACAAAGGAGGGAGAAAGAGAGGGAUGGCAGAGAGAUUAGAAGAGGAAAAGGAAGGAAGGGCCCAACCAUGAACUCAUGUCAGUAAUGUCAGUCAGUCCCUCUCCUCAUUGGCCAGAGACACUUUGUGGAUUAAAUGACGGAAAAGGGAAAAAAACAAGAGGGAUUUGGAAAUAUCCACUCUGGGACUUUCCUGACGAACACAUGGACAUCACCCACCCACUCACCCUACCACCCACCCACACACUCACCCACUCUCACUCAUUGUGAACUGUUCAGGUCCUCGUACUAGUUACAGCCCACUUUUCCCUCAUUGUCCGAAGACACCUUUUAUUUUCUAGCGUCAAGAUUCAUUAAAGUUGUUACUUGAAAAAAAAGUUUGUAAAAGAACAUGAUUCCUUUCCGUAGUGUCAUAUUGUUGGUUCAUUUCUGGUUUUCAGUGCUGGUAUUGUUGAACUUGCAGAUAUAUAUUUUUUUGUGAUGUGGUAUUGUCGCAGCUCAUGUCGUGAUGGUG